AUGGAGCGCAGCGGCAGCACGGGGGGUGGGAGCAGCGGCGGCGAGGGCGGCCGCCCUCCCCGGGAGGGCCCGGCGGGGAACGGCCGCGACCCGAGCGUCGCUCGCGCCGCCGCGGCGCCCGGGGACGGCCAGGCGGCUGAGUCCUUGCUGGCCCCCAUGGACCUGGGGGAGGAGCCGCUGGAGAAGGCGGUGAGCGCCCGCACGGCCAAAGACCCCAACACCUAUAAGGUGCUCUCGCUGGUAUUGUCAGUCUGUGUGUUAACAACAAUCCUUGGUUGUAUAUUUGGGUUGAAACCAAGCUGUGCCAAAGAAGUUAAAAGUUGCAAAGGUCGUUGCUUUGAGAGGACAUUUGGGAAUUGCCGCUGUGAUGUUGCUUGCGUUGACCUUGGAAACUGCUGUCUGGAUUACCAGGAGACAUGUAUAGAACCAGAACGUAUAUGGACUUGCAGCAAAUUCAGAUGUGGUGAGAAAAGGUUGUCCAGAAGCCUUUGCUCCUGUUCCGAUGACUGCAGGGACAAGGGCGACUGCUGUAUCAACUAUAGCGCCGUGUGCCGAGGAGAGAAAAGUUGGGUAGAAGAAACAUGUGAGAACAUUAAUGAGCCAGAGUGUCCAGCAGGGUUUGAAAUGCCUCCGACCCUCUUAUUUUCCUUGGAUGGCUUCAGGGCAGAAUAUUUACACACCUGGGGUGGCCUUCUUCCUGUUAUUAGCAAACUAAAAAACUGUGGAACAUACGCCAAAAACCUGAGACCAGUAUAUCCAACAAAAACUUUUCCCAAUCACUACAGCAUUGUCACGGGACUUUAUCCAGAAUCCCAUGGCAUAAUUGACAAUAAAAUAUAUGAUCCCAAAAUUAACGCUUUCUUUGCACUUAAAAGUAAGGAGAAAUUUAAUCCUGCGUGGUACAAAGGAGAACCAAUUUGGCUCACCACGAAAUAUCAAGGACUGAGAAGUGGCACCUUUUUUUGGCCAGGAUCAGAUGUGAAAAUUAAUGGAGUUCUCCCAGACAUCUAUAUAAUGUAUAAUGGCUCAAUACCUUUUGAAGAAAGGAUUUUAACUAUUCUUAAGUGGUUGCAGCUUCCUAAAGAUGAAAGACCACACUUUUACACUCUGUAUUUAGAAGAACCAGAUUCUUCAGGUCAUUCAUAUGGACCGGUCAGCAGUGAAGUCAUCAGAGCCUUGCAGAGGGUUGACAACAUGGUUGGCAUGCUGAUGGAUGGUCUGAAAGAGCUGAACUUGCAUCGAUGCCUGAACCUUAUCCUUGUUUCAGAUCACGGCAUGGAACAAGGCAGUUGCAAGAAAUAUGUGUAUCUGAAUAAAUAUUUGGGAGAUGUUAAAGAUAUUAAAAUUGUAUAUGGACCUGCAGCUCGAUUGAGACCUUCUGAUGUCCCAGAUAAGUACUUUUCAUUUGAUUAUGAAGACCUUGCCAGAAAUCUUUCUUGCCGAGAACCAAACCAGCACUUCAAACCUUACCUGAAACAUUUCUUACCGAAGCGUUUGCACUUUGCCAAAAAUGACAGGAUUGAGCCCUUGACAUUCUAUUUGGACCCUAAGUGGCAACUUGCAUUGGCUCCUUCAGAAAAGGAACAUUGUGGAAAUGGAUUCCAUGGUUCUGACAAUUUAUUUUCAAAUAUGCAAGCCCUCUUUAUUGGCUAUGGACCUGGAUUUAAGCACCGCUUUGAAGUUGAUUCCUUUGAAAAUAUCGAAAUCUAUAAUUUAAUGUGUGAUUUACUGAAUUUGACACCUGCUCCUAAUAAUGGAACUCAUGGGAGUCUUAACCACCUUCUAAAGAAUCCCGUUUACACCCCAGAGAAUCCCAGAGAAGUCCACCCUGUGGGGCAGUGCCCCUUUGCAAGAAGCCCCAGACGUAACCUUGACUGCUCAUGUCAUCCUUCAGUCUUACCAGUUGUGGAUUUUGAGAUACAGUUGAAUUUGACUGUGGCAGAAGAGAAGGUUAUUAAGCGCAGCACUUUACCUUACGGAAGACCCAGAGUCCUGCAGAGAAACACCUCGGUCUGUCUCCUUUACCAGCACCGGUUCGUGAGUGCUUACAGCGAUGACAUCUUGAUGCCCCUUUGGACCUCUUACACCGUCCGCAGAAAUGACAGUUUCUCUGCAGAAGACUUUUCCAACUGUCUUUACCAGGAUCUUCGAAUUUCUCUUAGUCCUGUCCAUAAGUGUUCCUUUUAUAAAAAUAAUGCUGAACUGAGCUAUGGGUUCCUCUACCCACCACAACUAAAUAAAGGUUCAGAUCAACUAUAUUCCGAAGCAUUGCUUAAUACUAAUAUAGUGCCAAUGUACCAGAGUUUUCAAGUAAUAUGGCGCUACUUCCACGGCACCCUUCUGCAACGGUACGCGGAGGAAAGAAAUGGCGUCAAUGUGGUCAGCGGGCCUGUGUUUGACUCUGAUUACGAUGGAUGUUAUGAUUCCUCCGAGACGCUGAAGCAAAACAGCAGACUCAUCCGUAAUCAAGAAAUUCUGAUCCCAACUCACUUCUUCAUUGUGCUGACAAGUUGUAAAAACACAUUCCAGACUCCCUCCCAGUGUGAUGAGUUAGACACCUUAGCUUUCAUUUUGCCUCACAGGACUGACAAUAGUGAGAGCUGUGUGCAGGGGAAGCACGAGUCGUCAUGGGUAGAAGAGUUACUGCAGCUACACAGAGCUCGGAUCACGGACGUUGAACUCAUCACUGGACUCAGCUUCCUUCAAGAACGAAAAGAGCCCGUUGCAGACAUUCUAAAGUUGAAAACACAGUUACCAAACUUUGACCAAGAAGACUGAUAUUUCUUUAUUUCAAAAACACACCACAGAUGUUUUUGAAAGAACCUUUAUUUUAUACAGUCCUCUAUUCACGCUGUCGCCUUGUUUGGAAACUGCCGACCAGAGUUAGAGCUGAGAAUCCUCUGUGAUAACAACCAUCUCAGGGAACCUGGCGGCCUCCGCCCGGCAGUAGGAAAAAUACUCUUACUGAGUCUCGCACAUGUUUGAAUGUGUAAGAAUUGUUCCAAUUUGGGGAAUAAAGACACACCAUAUCUAAAACUGCUCUUCAACUUCUCUUAAGGGCAAAAAUAGCUGUGAACAUUGUCUGGACGCCAGAUAUUUGAAUUUUGUUUUCACUAAUAAACUUCUAUGGAACUGGCAAGCUCAGCAUUAAUGGAUAGGAUUGGAAUAGUCUGUUUUACCUUAGUAUUUUCACAAGGAUUUAAAGGUGAUUCUGGAUUCUUUCCAGCUUGGAGUUUCAUUCAUUUUAGUUUUAACUGAAAAAAAUUAGCAGAAGCAAAACUGUUUCUAAGGCCCUCUUUCUGUCUUUGCCAACACCCAUUCAAAACCAAAAUAUGUAAUCCUGUGGGUUUGGUUUUUUGUGAGUUGUGAUUAGGCUUCCUCGGAUUUAAUGCUUUUAAUAAGUUAAACUUUGAGGGAAGAUCUGUGAAUUGAGUAAUUCAGUCUGUGUACCUGCUAUAAAAUUUUAUUCUGUAUUUGUACAAAAAGAGAGAAAGAUAUUCCCGUCUUGUUCACUGGUAGUGAACAUAGGUUGAAAAUAGCUCUAAAAGUGGUUAUUUUAGACUAUUAAAAAUGUCUUCAUGGAACUUCAGAGAACUUGCCAAUGCAUGCCUGGCAACAUUUUCCACCAAGACGGCAGGAAUGUUUUCCUCUAUGCCCCAAAAUGACCCCACCAGCAGCAGAACUGUGCUGAGCUGUUUAUCUUAAAGUUUCUUGGGUUUGGAAAGAAUGUAUAACCAUUGCUUUACAUUUUCUUUGUGGUCAUGAUAAGUGAACCUGACCUCUCCUCCGCAUAGACUAUACCUUUUAGUGUGACUAUACCUGUGAACCUUCAAGGGCUUCCUUCACUUGUAGGCUAUGUGGGUUUGAUUUAAGUGUUAUAUUAGUCCACCAAAAUUUUUUUAUUUGUCCUUCCUAUGAUGAUCAUUCUUGAACAGACUACAGGCCACAAAAUCCUUUAGGUAAUAUAAUUUGUACUAAAAAUUAUUUAAUAAUUUAGGAAGUUUCGUUGGUUUUUGUUUUAGUCCCACAGGGUCCUGAGGGUUUGUACAUUGCUUUUUUCCAAUCUGUCUUCUCUCUGUUGUUCAGUUUGGGUCAUUUCUAUUGUCCUGUCUUUAAGUUCACUCGUUAUUUUAUUUCUCUAAUCCAUUUUGUUGUUGAGCCUCCCCUCGCCCACUGAGUUUUCUAUUUUUAUUUUUUUUCCCU